UAUAUAUGAACUGGUUUUUCUCUUCAAUACCAUCGUCAGGUUGCAGUUAUCAGAUUGAAGCGAAGGAAAGCAAAGCAAAUGGAGAAGCUUGUUCCGAACUGGUACACUGCCGGUGAUCCCUUGCCGGAGGCUUACAUAUUCCCACCUGAUGCAAGGCCAGGGAAUCUUACCAUUUCUUACACAUCUAAGGACAUUCCGGUGAUUGAUCUAGGAGGACAAGGUCAUGAUCGAGCUCGUGUGUACCAGCAAAUAAUUGAGGCUAGCGAAGAAUUCGGAUUCUUUCAGGUAAUCAACCAUGGCAUACCAGAAGCUUUGAUGAAUGACACAAUGAAUGUGUUCAAGGAGUUCUUUGAGUUGCCUCUAGAGGAACAGAGGGCAAGUAUCCACACUGACGACCCCAACAAACUCUGCAAGCUCAUACAUAGCAGUGUCAAUUAUGAUUGGGAGGAAUCUCAUCUUUGGCGAGAUUUCGUCCGACACCCUUGUGAACCUCUAGAGAAAUUCAUGCCAAUUUGGCCUCGGAAACCAUCUAAAUAUCGAGAGCAUGUAAGCAAAUGUUUCACCGAAGUGAAGAAAGUGGCUUUAGACAUUUUGGAGUUGAUCGGUGAAGGACUAGGGCUAGGACCAGAGUAUUUCAGUGAUGAACUUAGCAAAGAGACUGACAUAUUUGUUAAUAACUAUCCACCUUGUCCAGACCCAAGUUUGACACUAGGAAUAACUAAACACUCUGAUCCACAGCUCAUCACCAUUUUGCUUCAAGGGGAUGUUAGUGGCCUUCAAGUAUUCAAGGAUGGGGAAUGGAUCGGAGUGGAACCUAUUUCAAAUGGACUGGUGGUUAACAUAGGUUAUCAAUUAAGGAUCAUUAGUAAUGGGAAGCUCAAGUGUGCUGAACAUCGAGUCGUGACGAAUUCAAGUACUGUUCGGACGACAAUUGGAUUUUUCAUUACACCCUCCCCUGAUUGCUACAUAGAACCUGCAGCAGCUCUUAUUAAUGAAAGCAAUCCCCGACUCUACAGAGGCUUCCGAUACGAAGAGUUUCGUGCCAACUAUUUUCAGAAGCAGGGGAAAACUGAUGUCGUGCUCGAACCCUUUAAAAUUGAGUCUUAGCGCUGUUGAUGAUGACGGUGUCAUUGCUUUAUGCCUUUAUGUUUUUAAGAGUCUUUUGCUUUCAAUAAUUGUCUAAUUGCUUAAUGGGGAAGCAUAUAUAGACAGAACAACUAAUUCGGAAAUAAUACUGUAAAACUUGUUGAAUGUCGCAACUCGCAAGUUAUAUGUUAUGUUAUAUAA